AUGUCCUGGCAACCCUCCGAACAGGGCCUCCAGGAGGUCCUCGGCAUGCUCAGAGACACCUCCAGCACCGACUCCCAGGUGCAGCGCAACGUCGCCAGCCGCCUCGACCAGCUCCGUUAUGUCCCCGACUUUCUCGCCUACCUCGCCCAUGUUCUCAUUCACUGCACCACCGAGCUCGACUCUCACCGUGCUGUCGCCGGUCUGCUCCUCAAGAACGCCGUCAACCAGCGCUCGGGCCCGCCCUCGAACGAGAAUGAUAUCCGGGCAAUGGCAUACGUCAAGAGCACCGUCUUGACGGGUCUCGCCGACCCGGAUCAGAUCGUCAGGCAGACGGUUGGGACAGUCAUCAUGUCAUUGAUCUCGAAUGAAGAGUCUGCCGGGUGGAUGGAGGCGCUCGAGGUCUUGACAAACGGCAUGAACUCGUCAGAUCCCAAUGUGGUCGAGGGUUCUUUCAACACGCUACAAAAGAUUUGUGAAGACGCCCCUCACAAGCUCGAUUUCCCAUGGGAAGGCCGAGACUUCCUUGAUCUCAUCGUCCCCCUCUUCAUCCAGAGCACCGGGCACGAUAACGCCAAAGUCCGCUUGUAUGCCCUCAACAUCCUGCAAUCUCUCCUCUCCAUCCGUGUCAAUGCCCUCAACGCCAACAUUGACACCUACAUCUCUGCCCUCUUUGCCCGCGCUGGGGAUGGCUCCAGCGAUAUCCGGAAAUCUGUCUGCGCCAGUUUGGGCCUGAUCCUUGCCUCGCGGCCGGACAAGCUUGUUCCUGAGAUGAACAACGUCGUGCAGUACAUUGUGUACUGUACAAAGGACAAGGACGAAGCUGUCGCCCUCGAGGCCUGCGAGUUCUGGUUGACCUUUGCCGAAGACCACAACUUGAAAGAGCAACUUCGCCCUUACCUCGCCCAGGUGGCCCCGCUCUUGCUCGAUGGCAUGGUUUACUCCGACUAUGACAUUGCCGUGCUCGACAUUGACGAGUACGAUGAAGAUGUUGCCGACAAGGAAACCGAUAUCAAGCCGAGAAACUACUCUUCCAAGGUCCACGCGUCUCACGAGUCCAACGACCCCUCGUCUUCCAAAGCCCAGGGAGUGUCGCGAGAAGCCGCCGACAAGGCGUUUGAUGAUGACGAAGAAGAGUAUGAUGAGGAGGACGAUGAUGAUGAUUUCUUUGAUGACGAAGAUGCCACGGGAGAGUGGAACAUUCGAAAGUGCUCUGCGGCGGCAUUGGAUGUGAUGGCGGUGUCUUUUGGUACGGAAGUUUUGGAGAUCUUGUUGCCGUUCUUGAGGGACAGGCUUUUCGCCGAGGAUUGGACUGUGAAGGAGAGUGGCGUGUUGGCUCUCGGUGCUAUUGCUGAAGUAGGUUGUAUCGCCGGCCUUGAGCCCCACCUUCCCCAGCUCAUUCCUCUCCUCAUCACUUGUCUCAAGGACAAGAAGGCGCUCGUCCGAUCCAUCACCUGUUGGACUCUUGGCCGAUACGCCAGCUGGAUCGUCCAAACCAACCCCCAGGACAAGACUGCCUACUUUUUCCCUGCCAUGGAAGGUCUUCUUACCAUGCUCCUUGACCACAACAAGCGAGUACAGGAAGCGGGUUGCUCUGCUUUCGCUACCCUCGAAGAGGAGGCCGGAGCCGAGAUGGCGCCUUUCCUCGAGCCGGUGCUCCAGAAUUUGACCCAUGCUUUCAGCAAGUACCAGCAGAAGAACUUGUUGAUCCUCUACGACGCCAUCGGAACGCUCGCCGACUCUGUUGGCGGUGCACUUGGUCAACCUGCCUACCUCAACAUCUUGAUGCCUCCCUUGAUCGAAAAGUGGCAGAGAUUGGAAGACAACGACCCCGACCUCGUGCCCUUACUCGAGUGCAUGUCUUCUGUCGCUAUCGCUGCCGGUGCUUCCUUCAUCACCUUUACUGCGCCCGUCUACCAACGCUGUCUCAACAUCAUCCACUCGACCCUUCAGCAAUACUCUGCCUUUGAGCAAGACCCUGAUGGAGUGGAGGAGCCCGACAGAACGUUCAUCGUCGUCGCGCUCGACUUGCUGUCUGGUUUGGUCCAGGGUAUGGGCGAGCAGAUCCACCCCUUGAUCGUCGAAGGCCAGCCGCCUCUGCUACACGUCCUGCUCCUCUGCUUGACGCACACUGAGCCGCCUAUCCGCCAGUCUGCCCAUGCGCUCUUUGGUGACAUGGCCAUCUCGUGCUUCCCCAUCAUCAAGCCGCUUGUGCCCCAGAUCAUUCCCGCCGUCAUCGAGCAGAUCGUUGUCGACGUCCCCAUAGACUGCAUCAGUGUGUGUAACAAUGCCGCCUGGGCUGUCGGUGAGGUCGCUUUGCAGUACAGCUCGGACGCCUCUCCUCUCGAGCCAUUCGUGCCCGGCCUGAUCCAGAGGCUUAUCCCCAUUUUGACGAGCCCCAAGUCGCCCAAGAGCUUGAGUGAGAAUGCGGCUGUCACCAUCGGCCGAUUGGGUCUGGUGUGUCCAGCGCUGGUGGCUCCUGAGCUUCCCAACUUUGCGCAGGCUUGGUGCACGGCGUUGUGGGAGAUCAAGGACAACGAUGAGAAGGACUCGGCGUUCAGGGGAUUGUGCAUGAUGAUCAGUGCCAACCCUGACGGUAUCCACGGCAGCUUUGUCUUCUUCUGCAACGCUAUCUGCAAGUGGCAGAACCCGUCCGCUCAGCUUGACAGCAUGUUCCGAUCGAUUCUGCAAGGCUUCAAGUCUGGUCUCGGCGCCGGCUGGGAAUCUCAAAUCUCCAACUUCCCUCCAGUCAUCCGCCAACGUCUCGCUGAGCGAUACGGUGUCUAA